AUGUACAGUCAAAGUGAAUUUAAGCAGCUCCCAUUUCAGCCACGAUUUGACUACGGUAGAAGUUUAGGACAGUUAAGGAAGAGUAGAAAAUUAAAGAAAAAAUUAGAGCCUGAAGUGAUUAUUAAGCAUGAAAGUGAUGAAGAUGAUCCAAAUGAUAAGCAGCCAUUUAUUACUAAGUGGCUAUGCAAUUUUUGUGAAAAUACAUCAAUUCAUGGUGUGAAAUAUCUUGGACAAACGGAAUUGCAUUGGAGUGAAAGGUUUAAUCCAUCAACAAUUGGUGGAAUAUUUCAUAUCUCACUGGAAUUAUCAAACAAAUUCUCAAGCAGUCCAUUGUCAACAGUUGUGGAAUCAACUAUUUAUCCUGUAUCAGAAAUUCCAUAUCCAGCUGUGACAUUUUGUCCUGCUAAUCGGCUGAGCAUGCAGAGAUGUAAGGAAGCUGAAUCAGUAUUCCUACCAGAUGCAUCCGAAGAUUCCCUCAAAAUAUUCAGACUUCUCCUAGACAGCAUGAAUAACAUAGAAUUUGGAGCACUUGACGAAUUUGAAGAAGACAUUUUUGAUUACAGUUCACCUGAUUUACUAGCUUUAAAUUUAACAGAUUUAUAUGAGUUUACAAUGCUCACGUGCGAAGAGGUCUUCACAGGCAAAUGCUGGUGGCGAAAUAGAUAUUACAAUUGUUGUGAUGACUUCUUUGAACUACAAAAAAGUGAAUAUGGAGUAUGCUUCUCAUUCAACAGUGCUGUUCAUGAUGUUGGAUUUUCUAAGAGUGAGAACGAAAGCAUUCAUUAUCCUCUUCGGACAUCCAAUUAUGGUGAAUGGAGUGGACUUAGAAUUGAUUUGAGUACAAGGACAGACAUAAGUCUUCCACAUGAAGUUAAUGGGAUCAGACUUUUAAUUAAUCAUCCAAAACAAUGGCCUAAUUCAGCUAGUUUUGUACCUGCUGGUUCUGCCACAUACAUUACCAUCAAACCAACAUUUUCAUACACAACAGAAGAUGUUAGACGAUUACAUCCUGACCAACGACAAUGCUUGAAUGAUGACGAGUCAAAGUCCGCAAUGACAUUACCAGGUUUAAAGUAUUUACAAAUGAAUUGUAUAAGUGAAUGCCGACAGAGAUAUAUGGAAAAAUAUUGCAACUGUAGUGUCUCUUUGUUCUUCCCACUAGGCAAGAUUAGAGACUGCAACUUUGACGAUCUAAAGUGUCUUUACGAAUUCAAUGAUGUCUUUAACUACGAGAAGCCAUCAUCAAAUAAUCCAUACUUUGACAAUGACAGUGAAGGAAUGCAGUGUCCUUGCUUACCAGAAUGUCAUCGUAUUGAUUACUCAAUUGAAAUCACGAGCAAUAUUCUGUCUGUCAGCGAUAAUAUGACUAUAGAUUUGCAUUAUCAAAGCGCUAAUAUUGUAAAGUAUCGCACGGAUGUUACUUUUGGCUGGCUUGAUCUGAUGGUUGCAUUUGGUGGGAUUGCAGGUUUAUUUCUGGGAUGUUCCUUACUAAGUGGUGUUGAGAUUAUCUAUUAUGUGAUAAUCAUAACUUUUAUUUCUUUGAAAAAAGGAAAAAAGCAUUUCAAUAAAAUUGUUGAGAUCAAUUCCCGUCAAUAUCACACACAACACGUUCAAAAUGCUAACAGACAUCCAAAAACGAUACGAAGAAAAGUCGAUGAUGUGCAAGUUCGUACAAUAAAAGUUAUUUCAUUAAGUGAUGUUGAUAAAAAUGUGAAAGAAGAUGUGAAAAGUAAUACCAAGAAAACGCGCUACUGAACUAUAUUUUAUAUUAUAUUUGUACAAUAAUCAAUGAGCAUUAAUGUAUGGUAGUGAUGAAGUUAAAUUGAUUUAUAAAUUAAACAGUAAAGCAGAGUUGUUGGUUGGAUUACAGCAUGUGAAUAGGGAUUUGAUUCAUUUCUCUAACAAAUUGAAUAAAUUGCCAAUCAAGGAAGUGGUUGUGAUCUCAAAAUCCACCCUGAUAAAGUCCAUCGGAAGUUCAAAUCUUAAGAUUUUCAUUACCAGCCUUUAUCCGAUUGAAUUUACCACAGAUUUUAAAUUUAUUAACAAGCUAGAUCAUUAAUUAUCAAAUUAUUCUAAAUGUGACACUCUAAACUAGCUUCCUUAAUUCCACAACCUUCUUAUAUACUUUUUGGAUCCUUUUAGAACGAUUACAAAUGCAAAGUGACACAAGAUUGAACUCUUA